CUACUACUCUACUUUCAUAUUCAUUUCUUUAAAACCAGUCGAUCAUUAGAUAACGGUUUAUCUACCUACAAUAGUCCUCGAGCAUACAGAUUUCAAUGGCAAAACCCCGAAGAUCUUGGUUUGGUGUUGUCCGUAGAAAGUUUCUCCGGUCGUCUUCACGUCCCAGCGAGACCAUCAUUGUCCUCCAUACCAACAAUACAACAUUUUCUCAAGAGCAACCACCGCCACCGCCUCCAUCACCACCACCAUCAACUCCCGUCACAAUCGAUGAUAAUGUUUGUGACACCCCAUUGGUCAAAGAAAUGGCUGCAGCCACUAAAAUCCAAACUUGCUUUCGAAGGCACCUCGCACGGAGAGCAUAUAAGGCAUUGAGGAGUCUUGUGAAGCUGCAAGCAGUAGUACGAGGAGCGUAUGUUAGGAGGCAGUCUCGUAUAGCAUUAGAAUGCAUGCAUGCACUCGCACGGCUUCAGGUGGUAGUUCGAGCUCGCCAGCUUCAGCUUAUUACUUCUAAUUAAUGUGACAGUGCAAGAGUUCUGAGUUUAAAUCUCACAAUUGUGUAUUUGUAAUGGAACCUAGCUUUUGAACUUAAGGCAAAAAUGAAAGUAUGGCAAUACAACAUUCUACCACCCUUUUUUGAUUGAUAAUUCUGUAUUCUUUAUGUAUGGCCUUACUAAUGUCUCCUAUGGGGGUCGUAACAGUACCCUGAAAUAAAUAGGACAACUAAAAUGCAUGAUAGAUUUUUACUAUUGAUGGAUUUGGGGG